AUGUUGGAAUUUCAGAGACAGAUCUUGACAGAAAUCGUCUCAGAAGACGGUUUACUGAUCAUGUCACCGGGAUUAGGUUUAUUUGAAAUACUAUGCAAUCUUAUUCAGAUCUACACUGGAGGAAACCACUUUGUGUUGGUCGUAAAUAUAUCUCAAGACGAACACGAGUUGAUUCAAAGACAGUUGGUUGCAAAAGGUGUUCCAUAUGAGCAAACAAUUAAGCAUAUUGAAUAUAACACGAGCGCAGAGCAAAGAGGCCUGAUGUAUCGUCAAAGUGGUAUAUUUUCAGUGACAUCGAGAAUUCUAGCUGUAGAUAUGCUAUUGAAAAGAAUCCCAACUUCUUUAAUAAGCGGCAUCAUCGUCUGCAAUGCACACACUGUAAAGCCUGAUUCCAUGAUCCAGCUCAUUUUGCGCAUCUUUCGAGAAGAAAAUGAACAAGGGUUUAUAAAGGCAUUCUCGGACAGACCAGAAUCAUUUGUUACUGGAUUCGCUCCUUUACAAAACACGAUGAAGGCUCUCUUUUUACGCAAAGUGCAUUUGUGGCCUCGAUUUCAAUUGACUGUCUCUGAGAACUUAUCUAAAGUAGACGGUAAUGUUAUUGAGCUAAGGCAGCCAAUGACAGAAGCAAUGGACACAAUACAGCAGUGUUUGGUCGAGUGUAUGGAAGCGACCUUGGCUGAAUUACGUAGAACGAAUCCUCAUGUGGACGUAGGCGAGUUUACGAUUGAAAACUCAUUUUUUAAAUCUUUUGAUGUCAUUGUCAGAAGACAAUUGGACCCUAUGUGGCAUAGAUUAUCACCAGCGUCAAAGCAACUUGUGGAUGAUUUGAAAAUUCUGAGACAGUUAUUGGGAUACCUGACAGCUUAUGAUUGUGUCACAUUCUAUAGUUUUAUGGAAACUGUCAUUGCUGCUAAUGCACCUAAUGACAUAAGGCAGACACGACAGUCUCAAUGGCUAUUUACGGAUGCUGGUAAUCGAGCUGUAGCUGAAGCCAGAAAGCGAGUCUAUCUUAAAAAGGGUGAUCCUGAAUAUGACGAAACGCCAGCUUCAGCCGAGGACCCAGAACUACCGUCACAUAUAAAGCUCGUACUUGAGGAACAGCCAAAGUGGAAUUUACUAAACUCAAUUUUACGUGAAAUAGAACAUGAGUCAUUAGGACUCAACCGUGGCGAAGGAGCUGCUGUGUUAAUCAUGGUAUCAGAAAGACGAACGUGUCGUCAGCUGCAAGAAUACAUCACUCGUUUGAAUGAUCAAGCUCCAUCCUUUUUAAAGAGUUUAGCUCAUCGCUUCUUCAAGUGGAGAUCAACCAUACAUCAGAUGCAAGUCGCUGCAUCCACUCGACAGAAUACAACACCACAAUCUACGAAUAUAACCAGAGGAAGACCGCCUCCUAAUAAACGUAGAAGGGUCAGAGGAGGAUCUACUGCGGCAGCUGGUCCCGGAAGAGAGGGCACUUCUUUGGCAGAUACCUUCAGUAACGAUGUCAUACAGGUGACUUCCAUACUGGACGAUGAAGAAGAAAAGGAAGAGAUUGAAGAAGAAGAAGGAGAAAUGAGUCAGAUGAACUUUAGAAUAGAUGACACAAGCGAUGACAUUCUUCCAACUUUUGAAGAAAUACCCAAAAAUUCAAUCAUUACCAUUCAAUCCUAUGAUGACGACCUUCACGAACAGAUACUAGAAGAUACCCAACCAAGGUUCAUUAUCAUGUUUGAUCCUAAUCCGGCCUUUGUUCGACAGGUUGAAGUAUAUCGAGCCAAACAUCCGACAAUAGAUGUCCGUGUUUACUUUAUGCUUUAUGAAAACUCUGUUGAAGAACAGAAUUAUCUUUCUUUGAUCAAGAAAGAAAAGGAAUCAUUUGAAAAACUAAUUCAUGAGAAAUCAGUGAUGGCCAUUCCAUUACCUGAAAAACGUAAAGAAAGAGAGAUCGAAGUGAUUCGUCCUAGCACCAGAAUUGCUGGUGGACAGGUCAAAGUGGCGACAGGGCCAAAGGUGAUCAUUGUAGAUAUGCGUGAGUUUCGAAAUGUGUUACCACCCAUACUCUAUGCACGAGGUAUAAAGAUCGAACCAUGUACACUGCAAGUGGGUGAUUUCGUCCUAAGCCCUGAUAUCUGUGUGGAACGUAAAUCGAUAUCAGAUCUUAUUCAAUCCUUAAACUCGGGAAGACUGUAUACACAAUGUGAGAAUAUGUCUAUGUAUUACAAAACACCUGUUUUAUUGAUUGAGUUUGAUGAAAACAAGUCAUUUUCGUUACAAGGCGUAUCUGACCUUCGUGAAAGUAUUCGAUUGCAAGAUAUAUCUUCCAAGCUUGUUGUGCUAACAUUGGCCUUUCCAAAAUUAAGGAUCAUUUGGUCACCCAGUCCGCAUGAAACAGCAACGAUAUUUGAAGACUUAAAGAGCAAUCAAGAAGAACCUAAUAUGGAGAAAGCAGCGAGUAUAGGUGCAGAAGAAGGAGAAGACGGGGAGACGGUGUAUAAUAUGACUCCUCAAGAUGUUUUAAGAAGUAUGCCGGGCGUCAAUUCGAAGAAUUACAAGGCGAUCAUCAGCAAGGUAAAUAACCUUGAAGAACUAGCAAGCAUGAAUCAAAAAGAAAUAUCAAAGAUUAUUGGAGAAGAGUGUGGGUCAAAACUAUAUAAUUUUCUGCGUAAAAAGCAACAACUCCUUUAA